AGUUUCAUGUAGGUGUGCUCUCUGCAUGCAUACCUAAUUUCAUCCGGCGGUGUCCUGGACCCCAUAAAACAUGACCCCUCGAAAACAGAGACGUCCAGUCUUUCGCAUCUGUAGUCACUGUAUUAUGUAAGGCAUUGAAUGAAGUAUGCAUAUAUGUUAUUGAGUGACUUUUACUUACUUCAGAUUGUAGACUUUGCAAGAUUUAAAUUUCUCUGUAAAAAUGGGAGGCCAUGGUCAUGGUCAUAAACCACCGUAUCUAGUUCCAAGUCCUGAUAUAUACAAAGUGGAGGAUGUACCAGAACUGAUGCGUGUUAGAGAAAAAUUGGCUGAAAAAGGACUGAAGGAUCCUUGGUUGAGAAAUGAAGUGUGGCGUUAUACAACUUUGCCAGGACCUCCUAUACGUACAGCACUGGUACCAUUUUUGAGGGGUGCUAUAUUUGGAAUUCCAGCAUUUUUAAUAACCAUAGCUGUAGAAAAAUAUCUUGGAGUUGAUGGCCAUGGACAUGAAAAUGGUGAUCAUCAUUAAGAUUAUUCAGAAAAACAGUUUAUAUAUAUAGUAAGAUAAAAUAGUACUUUUACCCUUGUAUCAGUUAUACAUUAAAAAUAAACUAUGAUUUUAAAUUUAAA